GGUAUUGUUGUGUGUAGUUGGGCGACUUGACGCAGCUGUGAGUGGGACACAUGAAGUUCAUUUUCCACAGCUGGUGAUGGCGGAUGUUGUUGAAAAAGACACCAUGAAGAAUUACCACAUAGCGUCUGAGAAAAUUAACCCAGCGGCCAGUCGCUACCCUUACUGUAUUGUGUGGACACCCAUCCCCGUGUUAUCAUGGCUGCUUCCAUUCAUUGGCCACAUGGGAAUCUGUACUUCUACUGGUGUCAUCCGGGACUUUGCUGGACCUUACUUUGUCUCAGAAGACAACAUGGCUUUUGGAAGACCAACAAAGUACUGGAUCCUUGACGUUAGCAAAGUCUACGCUAGUGGCUCCAAUGCCUGGGACACAGCGGUGCACGAUGCUUCAGAGGAGUAUAAGCACAGGAUGCACAACCUCUGCUGUGACAACUGUCACUCACAUGUCGCCAUGGCUCUCAAUCUGAUGCGUUAUGAAAACAGCACCUCUUGGAACAUGGUCAACCUCUGCCUCCUUGCUCUGAUCCAUGGAAAACAUGUGAGCUGUGCAGGCUUUCUGAAGACCUGGCUGCCGUUCCUGAUGCUGAUGGCCAUCAUCCUAACAGUGACCCUGGCCAUCAACCUGCGGUGACCUGGGGACCCAGGUUCAGGACACGGUGGACCCCCCUGCAGGUCCAAAGUGGGGUUGACCUUUUAAACAACAGAGGGGGAGGGGGCAUCUGACACUUUCGAGCAAAAAGUAUCCAAGGACGUGAAGACUACUUUCCUCCGAGAGAAGAUUGUUGGGCAGGAAUGUGAAACAUAUCCCGACACCGGCUUGGGUUUGGGGGGAGCAGGCAGCCUGUUAACUGGCACAACUCCGGCAUGUGAAGCUGGAAUGUCCUCGUUAUGGAAAUGCAUUUCUGCUGAGUCAUUUAUUUCAGGAGAAGUGACUGAACACACCACCAACCACGCCAACAGGCGUAAUGGAUUAUGACUAUUGACAGCCUAACAGCAGGGUUAAGCCAUCGCCUCCUGCAAAGUGUAGACGUUGCAUUGAUAGCUGAAUAGAGGAACAUACUUACUGUUGAAGUCUCCGAAGGAACACAUUCCUGCCUUGCUUUCCGAUUUUAAUGAUCUUACAAUAAUGGAUUGGGAGUGUAACCCCAGGAUCCCAGUGCUCCUAGAAUGCCAUUUUUUUUAUAUACUGGGGAGCACAAACAUGUUAAGUCAAUUAGAUGCCUUUCUAGGGAAUUUAUUGCAUUUCAUGCUUGAUCUAAUGUAGCUCUUCUACAAUACUGCGACUUAAAGCGGAACAUGCCAGAGUAGUUUGUAUUUUUGUGCAUUUUCUUAAUUAAUUCCGUAGGAUAUCGGAAAAUCUGCAUCUUCUAAAAAGAAAUAUUUUCUCAGAGAUAUGUUGGACAUGUAUCACCUCAUGGUACUAUAAUAGGUUUACAAUAAAUGUUUUCAUACCUCUAUCUACAGAUCAUCUGGGCAACGAUCGUAGCAACCUCAGUGAAUGUGGCUGUGGAAAAUACCCAGAGAAAGACAGAAUAGUUGAUCUUCUGGUUUUCUAAACAUGUGCCAAAGGUAGAAGAAUGGAAGACCAAGUCAAACUGUAUCCUUGAAUAUCUAACUGGUUAUUUAGUGGAACAGCUCAUUGGUGAGCCCAAAGCCUGUUAAUGGAUCAGAGUCAUGAAACUUGGUCUGGUCUCUUGGUUUAGGACAUUUUUCAUUAGAGAUAUUGACUUUAUAAGAAGAAGCAGGAGUCAGUGCCUAAAAAAAAAAAAAAAAAAAAAAAAAAAAAGACCUCUCUCACAGAUCCUUUUAUAUAUUAUAUUUUAAUUUUGUGUUAUUUUUGACACGUUUGGCAAAAGAAGAAGGUAUUUCCACAUGAUGGUUGGCACUUGAAAUCCGUUGCCAUGGCUGUCGUGAGUAGAUUUAAAUCCCCUCAUUGUUUGCAAUCAAACAGGAAAAUAAAGUGCAGAGCCCUCCCUUUUGUCCACGGUGCUGCCAGAAGCAGCAGGUAGCCAGGAUCCUCAGGUUUUUCUCUCUCGCCGACCCCUGCUGAAUAUCCCCCGUCACCCCGGCUCCUAACCAGCGUCGCUCCUGCUGUUUUCCACAUCUGCACAUCAGAUUCAAAGGUCAUUGUGAAAUGUCAGUUAUGUUUCACAAAGCUUUGAUCAUGUACCAUCCAACACCCUGCAAUAAGCCAAAGUAGAUGUCAUUUUAAGUUUGAUGUUACGGAUUAAAACCCGUUUUAUUUGACUGUAUUUAGGGUUUAGGGCUAACACAGUGCCAGUUUUCUACAUUACUCUCCUGCUUGGGCUUCUGUUGAAAGCAGAUUCUGUGGCCUCUUGUGUAUAUUUCACCCAUGUUGCCUGUAAAUAUUUGAUCAUACAUUAAACAUUACACUAGGUGCUCUUUACAUACUUUGCAAACUUGAUCGCACACUCUACAGAUCUGUCCUUUGAAGAAUUUACAGUGUCAUUUUUAUCCUCUUUACUCCACUUUUGCAUAUAUCCUCUCUGCAGCUUUGUGCCUAAAUGAAUGCGGGGUUGCGUGUGUGUGUUUGUGUGUUACGCAUGCACACAGCGAUCGGGGAGCGCAUGAAGCAUGCCGGCAUGUGUGUAUGUUUGAGAGAGAAGUUUGUGUUUGACACAUACUGUGGUUUCUUGAUUAAUAAUCAGUGGCGUUUCAUUGCAGACAACUGGCUCAUGAUUGGUUUUUAUAUGUAUUACUCCAUUUCCUUGUCUUAAUCUAGUUCACGUUUUAUGCAAAUGCUGGUAAACCUUAGAAAGAAUAAAUAAUAAAUUAGACUGUAACAGGCCUGCUUAUGUUAAUGUUAGCUGCAGUAGCCUGUACUGUGCCGUGUGUAGCUACAGUCUCAGUAGAUUAGAGCUGCAUUCAGUUUAUCAAAGCAUUAAAACGUAUAAACUGAGAUUCUGCCCUCUAUUUGAACAAUAAAUACUCUUUAUGAAAAAUAUUGUUUUGGGAAUGUUUUACAGGUUUUUUGACACUUUGGCACCAAUUUCAGAACCUUGACGUCAUUUUUCAAACCUCUAGACACAAAACUCACAACCAAUGAUCAAAAUGCACAUUUUUCCAAAACUCUAAUACUUGUUUGCUUGGCUCCAAUACACAUAAGCCUAAAAUGAUUUUUUUCAUUUAACAAAAAUUACCUGUUCAAUAUGACACAACUUAACAUCAAAGUACUACUACUUCAAAUAGCAAUCCACACAUUACGUUUCAAAUGAUUGUCUAUUCAUUUCAUUACAGUGAUCUAACUAUCAAUUAAUACUACAGCUCAAAAGUAUAAGUACCUGUUGCAUUACUCUUAAUGCAUAGUUGUAUGGAGACAGAAACAAGAUUCCAUGUUUAGAUCAUGAAAGUUUCAAUAUGCCGAGAUAUAUUGUUGGCAAUUAGCGUGGAGCAUAAACCAAUUGGACUACAUUAUCUGGAUGUAAUAUUUCAUCAUCAUUCUUUUCUGUAAUGUACCGUUAAUCAGAAACUGUUUCUAUGGUCCCGUGUACCACCUUUACUGUAAGACUGUUUACAGUAUUGACAGUACUGCACUGUAUGCAUGCAGGCCCUUGGAACUGCCUGUCCAAUUCUGCCAACUUGUUACUGAUUAUAUAUAUAUAUAUAUACACUGUAUAUAUUCGUACCACAUUUUUUGCCAUGCCAGAAGGUUUUUUCCAAGCUGUUUGGCUAAAUGCGAUGUAGAUGAGAACCUGUGGCCAAAUUUUUCUUUUUACAGUACAAGCAAGUUGAGGAACUCUGCAUUUGAUGUUUUACAGCACUGUCUUUUCUUUUCUAUUUCCUAGCUAAUUGUUUAGCUUUGAUUCAAACAAACCUACGUUGUGAUUCUACUGUAUUGUUUUUCAUCAAUACAUUUCAGAUCUUCUUCAAUGAUUUCCCCUUGUCUGUAGUAUUCUCUCUACUACUGCAGUGCUUUUACAGGGAUGUAUUUUCAUCUAGUACCAUAAUGAAACCUAUUUUGUACUACAAUAUCGAAUGAUUGUAUGAACAACGACACAGUGAAACUAUGGGUAGCUUGUGUAUGGGCGAUCUAAAGUAACGGUUCAAUGGUAUUUCACCAUACAUUAGUUUUUUGAACCAAUGAUUGUGCUAAAGUGCAAGAUUUCUUUAAAGAUAUGAAUGCAGAAUGCAAUGUUUUGAACAGUGGACAGCUUGUGUUACAAGUGAUGACAGUUUUAAGUUUUGAAAAAUGACAUCAAGGUUCUGAAAUUAGUAGCAAAGUGAUUGUAAAAACAACUGUAAACCUUCCUCCUGUGACCUUUAUAUUUUAAAUUAUUGGGAAAUUAAGAUGUAGGACUUUGAAUGCAAACAAGCCGACUGGUGGACCCUGUAUUCAGAGUGAGGUUACUAAAAGUAGCAUGUGUAUACAAAAAAAAUUGAUAUAUAUUAUAUAUCUGCUCAUCAUGUCUAAACGGCAGUGACACUUUACGUCUCUGUCCAAAUUUAGAGAAUGUGCCCGUGGAAAAUACUUAUAGAAACAAACAUGAAAAGCCAUUUGGUUCUCUGUAAUUGCUCUAAAUGUUGGAAAAUAGAAGACAAACUUUCCUUAAAUAUGUCACAUGUUUUCUUUAGUGAAACAGCUCAUUCAUUACAUUUGGGCAAUUAAGGUAAUGAGUGAGAAUGAAUGGCCCCUUUGAAACACAACAUUGUCAUUAUUACAGCUUUUGACACACACACAACCAUAUAUAUAUAUAUAUAUAUAUAUAUAUAUAUAUAUAUAUAUAUAUAAGGAGAUUCAGGACUUUAGAAGAUAAAUAGUACACCAACCCUUUAUUGGAGUGCAUGUGCAAGAAUGCAUCAUUCAAUGGAGAUGAUCUGAAUGGUUUGGAUGUCCCUGCUGCGGUGCCUUGUUGUAUCCAAGAGCCAGGUCCAGGAAUGUGGAGACCUGUGGUUCCCGCGAUUCAGUCCGCUGACAAAAGACAGUUGGGAUGCUAUUAUUAGUGCCCUAUCCAUAUAUACUCAUACCGCUCUGCAAUUUCAAAACCCUCUGUUGUUUCUCUAAUCCCCCAAAAUAUCUUUUAUGCUGCAGAUCAUAAUAGCCCACGAGGGAUUUCAAGACUCCUGCAAGUGUGAAAUCUGAAUGUGUUUAUGACUUACAGCUAUAAUUGCCAAUAAAGAUGUCUAUUAUUGUA